GUUAUUAUCUUGUCCCUCGUGACAUUUGAAGGAAAAAAGAACUUUUCCGAACUGUCACCAUGAGAGUUACUCAACUCGAAAUAUGCAGAAUUGCCUGCUUUUUGAUAAGUCUGUAUGCUACUGGUGGUAAUACGGAAAGAUUUAGUUCUGGGGACACAUUAUGGCCGCUUCCUCGAGAGCUGGAGGCGUCUGGCGGGCCUUUGCCGUUGUCGCUAGCGUUCACCAUUCAAACGUCGUCCGAAUCUGAAAUCCUUGCACGAGGAAUCACGAGAUACCUUGAGAUUAUCACAACACAUCUCCAUACUGCAGCAAGAUCGAGGGUUAAUGGCUCAAAGGAGCUCGAAGUUCUUCGGAUCAGUGUCAAGUCCGAUGAUGAAAGCCUUAACGAGGGAACGUCCUACGAAUACUCCCUGUCUUUUGACUCAGGUCCGCAAGCCACGCUGACAGCUUUGACGCCUUAUGGAGCACUUUAUGGCAUGGAGACAUUUUCUCAGCUGGUUGUUGAUGGUUCUCUUGUUUAUACAAGUGUUUCCAUAUCUGAUAAACCUUCCUUUGUGCACCGAGGCCUUAUGUUAGACACUGGACGUCGUUUUUUUCCUAUGGAUCUUCUGUACAAUACACUUGAUGCCAUGAGCUAUGUCAAGCUUAAUGUCCUCCAUUUUCACUUGUCUGACUUGUGCAGAUUCAGCGUGGAGAGCAAGCUGUUCCCUGAUCUCAGAAAUAAUGAAUCUGAAAUCUACACUCAAGAUGAUGUCAGGAAUUUGGUAGCUUACGCUAGAGACAGGGGAAUACGGGUGAUGCCAGAAGUGGAGGGAGCAGCCCAUGCAAAUGGUUUGUUGGGUCUUAAAAACAAAGGACUGCAGUUUUGUAAUCAUUCUGGCUACACACAAUUAUACAAUGAUCCCCAGGGAAAUACAUUGAAAACAAUGAAAGCGAUCCUGAGUGAAAUGGUUCCUCUUUUUCCUGAGCAGAUAUUUCAUUUAGGCCUGGAUGAAGUCUUUACAGAUAAAAACUGCACUUUGCAAAGCCUGCAGAGCUUUGAGCUUGCCCUUCAGGAACACUUGCUGCAAUUGGGCAAGAUACCUGCCGCCUGGGAGGAGGCAUUGUCAAGCACUAAAAGUGUCACCAACAGAACUGUGAUUCAAGCAUGGAAAGCUGAAGGAAUAAAAACAAUUGUUGAUUUGAAGCAGUUUGCUAUCAAUAGCUUAUCCAGCCAUUUUUAUCUGAACUACAUGGGAGUUACACCUCUCCAGCUGUGGACAGACAUUGCCGUAGGGUUAAAUGAAACUGAAGUACAGUAUCUUCUUGGAGGGGAAAUGGCCAUGUGGACUGAUAACUAUUGCUAUAUCCUGGAGUGUGCCUACCCCCUCAGCGCCAAGCCCAGUGCAUACUGGAUGUACGACCCUCUGCAUGAUGGGACUUUCACUCAGUCUGUAGCUGGCAUUAUCUGGCCCAGAGCUGUGGUAGGUGCAGGGUCAUUCUGGAACUAUAACAGUGACUUGUCAGCAGAUUCAGCUGAAUUCAACAUGCGCUACCAAGGACAACACAAGCGAUUGAUAGAGCGUGGGAUUAUCUCUUGUCCAGUGGGUUGUUCAUGUGAUGAGCUGACACGAUGUGGCAAGCCUUAUUUCAAGUGAUAUUCUACUGUUCUAAGUACAUGGUUAGUACAAUAGAAAUCCAAGAGUCUCUAAGACUGAAGAACCAAGAUUCCAUUAGACUAAAGAUUAGACAUCAAAACUAAAUACCAGUAGGUGCAAAACACACAGAAUGAUUAAUGAUAAAUUUCGUUAUGUAUCUGUUAUAAAAUAUUUUGUCUGCUUAGCAGGUGUCUGAACUCAUGUUGAUUUUUUUUUUUUCAAAAACCCCAAAUGUAAAACCCCAAAUGUGUUUGUUUUUGUUUGGAAAUCUAGAAAUCGCCCAUCCAUUUUAGAAAAGUAGAUAAAAUAAAGGAGGAAAUAGAUAAUUGUAAAAGCUUAGGUCAGGGCCAAACUAGUAUUCUUGCUAAAGCGGGGUAAUUAGUAAAAUAUGCCUCUUUGUGUGUUUUUUUCUGUGAAACCUUGUUAUCUGAUUUUCCAAACCCAGAGGACUAAUAAAGGUGGUUUGAGUGGCCUGUUAAAGUAGCACCACUGUCAUAAUGGGAUUAUGAAAAUGCACUUUUUUAAUGCUUUGAGAGUCCCUGUGUCUACUCAGAUGGUGGCAUAAUAAAAAUAUCAACACUU